CGUCAUCAAUAAUAAGUCUGAAAAGUUAGAUGAACGGGUCUGUUCGGUGUGGCUUUAAAAUAUUACAAUAGUGUAAUAAUUUAGUUUUUUUUAUCAUUUUAAUUAACGUGGAAUUACACAGGUAAAUGUUGAUGGAGAGAUGUGGUGCUACAAGAUGCCAGGAUUUGAAGCCCUCCUUGUGGCUGAGUUGCAAAGACAGCAGCAGAUACCACAGUUCUGUGACACCAUGCUGCGGGCACAAAGUAUUUCAGUCCCAGCACACAGUUGUGUCAUCUCAGCCAUCAGCCCCAAGUUGUCCGCUGCUCUGUCCUCCUCACCCACGCGCCAAGCCAGUUAUAACCAUCUGGUGGAGUUUGGUACUAUAGGUGACAGCUCCCUGCUUCACAUGGUCAGACUACUGUACUCAGGUGAGAUGACCGGGGAAGGGGAGCACGAGAAGCAGGAAGCUUUGUCGGCAGCAGCCAAGAUGGGCAUCCUUGGGCUUGUUGAAGUCACGCCGAGGGUGUGGCAAGGCACUGUGGGCACUGAAGUGGGUGUGCAGACUGAUCCAGUGGAGCUAAGGGAGAAGGAUGUCGCAUGCUUGAGGCAGGAGGUGAUCGACAGCAGCACGAACCUGGGUAAAGAGAUGCUUUCAAGCUGUGAAAAAAACAUAAUGACUGAGAAUGAAGAAAUGCGAGUAAGCUCCGCCUCGUCUCCUCAGCCUGUACAUGCUUACAACACCAUUGAUAUGUCUCAAUUUCAAUGUUUAAGACAGGCAGAAAAUCAUAAUUUAUAUGUUCCUAUUCCCCUCGUUUGCACGCUUGAUGAAGCCCAAAAUCCUCAAACUUCCUCUACGGCUGGGCAAGUGGUCACCCCAUCAAUUGCUGAGAACUCCCAAAACUACUUUUCCAGCAGUUCUCAGGCAGAAUUCGGAGUUUUAGAGGACGAAAGAGAGGUGGAUGAGCAAUUGGAGCAGUUUCGUGAGAACAUCCCAGGAUUCAUCAACCACUUUUUAAACAUAAAUCCCAAAGAGGGUGCGCAUGGAGGGCAAGUGAAAGGGAAGCCACGAGGAGCAGGUGGGGCCAGGCAACGCAAAAGAUCUGGGACAAGAGCCCGGAGACCGCGAGCUUGCAGAGGAAAAGGUGGAUGGAUGCAAAAGGUAGACACACAGGAAGUGGGCGUGAGCAAGCAGCACAAGUCACUCCUCCAUAGGUGUGGGAACGCGACCACUAUGAGGACAGGCCAGGGAGGUGGAACGACAGGCAGAAAGUUGUACCUGAAGACUCGACACGCGCUAGACUUUCCCUGGACCCGUCACAAGGGACGAGGUCGACCCAAAAAGUGGGAUUUUAGCUUCAGUGGUAAAAGUCACUUUGAAGGGCAAAUAGGAGGAGAUGACAAUGUGAAGCAUGAAAGCAGGAGGAAAUCACACCUGGAUAAACAGGUGUUGCCCACUGCCCCGCAUCCUGCCCCUCUGCCUUUGAACCCUCCAGAGCCCUUUGACGCUCUUUUAGAGGAAUUUAUGAAAGACAUGGGCGUUGGAACAAAUAGUAGUGUGACGGACUUGCGGCCAUGUCCAGAAGCCCAGAACUUCUGUUGCAAUGAUGCGUGCUGUAAUGGAGACACUGGCUGUCCUGUUGGUAUGAGUAAUCAUGGCUCCACAGAGGUUGUGACUACGGAACAAGCAAACAGCGAGGGAGAUCUGCCAAGCAUUUGGGAAGAAAUUCUGAAAUCUGUCCAAGAACAUAAUUUCAGUUUUCUUACCGGAGAGUCGCAAGAGGGACAAAAUGGCCGUAGCAUUCCAUGCCUGGAGGGUACAAAAGAGGAAAGAAAAAACUUGCAAAGAGCAACUUCACGCAAUGCCUCUAGAAGAGCAAGAACGACACAAACGAAGAAAGGAAGAAAACCACAUUUUGGACGACCUAAGGAUGUAAUCCUUAAGUCAUUGAGGAAAACAACAGCUAAACUCCAUCGUGAGCAAGGAGACAAGAAGUUGCAACAGCUGCCUUUGGUGGCGCUAAAGAGAAGUACCACUCAGCUUUUAAAUGCCUCAUCGAAGACUGUCAGCUGUCAGGGACUCAAGAAUUCUGCGCAAUUGAAAACCAGUUCAUCAUCGGUGCAUCAACCUGUCUCAGUUAUUACAAAGCUCUAUCCUACUAGAAGUAGGAUCAAGGCACUCGAGAUCGCUGGUCAGCCACUCCGAGAAGAACUACUGCCAAUGUUGGACCAACCAUUUUAUAGGCCAAGACAACGUAUGAAGACACAGCCUCCUAGUGAAGGUGAUUGUAAGUCACGAAUAACUGAGAAGGACGAGGCAAGGACCGUGCCUAAGAGGCCAGCUCAGCAAGAAAAUACCGCUGAUAUUGAAGCCAAGAAAAAACGUGAAGAUCCAAAGGCUUCACUUUCUUUGAAUUCAUCAGAAAACGCUGCAUCGCUGGCCAGCGUAGGACAUCCAGCAAGCGAAGUAGAGAUGGGGCUAGUGGAGCACAGCAAAGAGCUCGCCAACUCCAAUUCAGAGAUCAGCUUAACUAUGGGAGCGGGAAGUGAGGAGGGGGUCAAUGAUGAGGACAACAUCGACGUGAUUGGAUUUGCCGGAUCCUGCCAAGAUCCAGUCCCCAUCAUCUGUCCAGUGAUUUCAGAGAGCGAACAGGACGAAGAAGAGGAGGAGAUAGAUGUCAUAUGACUUCUUCACCAAUGAGAUCAACUUAACUCUGUAUGCCGGAAGUGAGCAAGACAAUGAGGAAGCAUUGACUGGAUUUAUUUGAACCUGGCAAAAUUUCAGAGCGCAACGAAUCAACAAAUAACAACAACCUGAUGUGGGGAUGCAGGUUAAUAUCAUGUUGCCACGUGACAACAGGAUCUAGUCAUUGGUAUGUUCAGGUGGAACAAAACGCCUUAAACAAGAGUGUCUUUAACAUAACGUAAUAGCCAGUUUAUCACAUUGCACUCUGUGUUAUUAACCUCCUGCGCCACUAUGUUGCACUUUCAUAAAAAGUUCAGUACUAUUCAAUUAUGUUUAUUAGUUUUCUGUAUUUCUUCAUCAUUAUCGUCAUGUAUACAAUAUAUGACAGUAAUUUACUAAAAUUGCAAAUGUUAAUACAAGAUUUACUCAGUUCCAUGCUUUUUUUAUAAGCAUUUCAGAAGGAGAAAAAAAACUGUAUUUCAGGAAAAAAGACUUUAUUUGCUAUAAACCUGUGAGUUGGCCCCAUCCACACAAAAGGCUCACACCUGUGCUACACCACAACUUGGAAAUUCCCCUCUCAGUGGCCUUCAAAAAACAGCUUAGUGCUUGUUUGUGAGUUGGGCCCACGAACUACUGUAAAUAAAAAGACACCUUAAUCAGGUAUCAUCUAUAUCGACGUAUGUGUGUGUGGACUGAAGGUUCCUGUUCUUUAGUAGUUCUGUACUGUCUCUUGUACUCAACUGUGAAACUGUGGAGUGGACUGUGGCUCCACCCAACAGGAAUGAGGAGGAGAGCGAUAGAAGGCAAUCAUAGGUUCUGUCAGUCUUGCUGUCCUCCUUUCAGUGCUGAAUGCGCCUGAUGGAUUGGAUCUGGGGCGUCUGGCAGUGGGAACCCCAGGUUUUACAUUGCUGGUAGUCCCCACUGUGUCUCUCGCACUCCAUGAUGUACUGCUGGCCCCGGUAACCAGGAAACUGGUAGCACACAAAGCUGUGUGGAGGAAUCACAUUUGAUGGUGUCAGUUUUUGUUAUAGAAUCAAACUUUAACUAGUGCAAGGAGCAGCUUUUGGAUGACACUGAAGCUGGUAGUCAAAGAAGUCUUAAGGUGGUUAUAGAUACGUAAAUCUCAACCUUAUUUGGCAAAGGCAGUCAGUCAUUGUACAUGUGGACAAUCAAAUAAAGUCAUGAAAACUAUAUGAUGGGAUUGAGAAAUGAUUUUUGAUUUACUGUAAUUUUCGGACUUCAGCAUUUGUUCAUAGAUAAACUGCACUGGACUAUAAGUUGCAGCUGUCUUCACUGUAUUAUUAUAUACUGUAUUUUAUUUACACCAAAAGAUAUUAACCGGUAACAAUUUUUUUCGGCCACAUAAGACUGUCAGAAGACCAAAGGAACCACCAUUAAGCUUUGAACCAAUUAGCUGCAAAGAUAAAAGCUUCAAGAAGCUUCAUUUGGCCAUCACUGCUCCCUUGGGGGAGACAGUCAACCUCUGCUGCCACCUGCUGUCAACACUGUUGUCAUCCAACAUGCCUCCUAGCAUGCGUUGCAGCGCUACAGAUGUAAAUAACAAUCAAAAUUAAUUGUUCUGUGCUAAUUAGUUAUUCAGUUACUGUCCAGUUUCAUUAAUUGCUAGUUAUGGUAUUUGGUAACACUUAAUUUGACAGUGGCACCAUAAGACUGUCAUUGGCAUUAAUGAAUGCUUACAACAGAUGUCAUUUAAUGUCAUUUGACAAAUUAUUUCACUUUUGAAAACAAUCCGAGCUGGACAUAAAUUGAUUUAGUGACAUAAUUUGCCGGAUGACACUUAAUGACACUUGUCAUAAGCAUUCAGUAAUUACCAUAGUAGUGUCGUGUCAUGUUAUAAUUAUGACGAUCUUAUGACAGUCUUAUGACGCCACUGUCACAGAAAGCGUUAUCUAAUAACUCAAAUAAAUCAAGAAAUAAGCUGCACUGGACUAUAAGCCACGAGAUUCAAAAUGAGGGAAAAAAGCAGCAGUUUAUAGUCUGAAAAUUACAGUACUCACAAAUGCACUCAGUGUGUUUAAUUGAACAAUAAGCUGAAACGCUAUCGUGAGUCAUGACUUAUUCUGCUGCUGUUAUUUUCAGCUCCUACCACCAAAUCGGGGGAAAAAAAUGAAGCGAUUUUUUUCAAAGUGUGGUACAUGGCUCUCUUUAGGGGUACGCAAAAAAAUGUCCACCCACUUUAAAUUGUUUGGACGUCUAGUGCCGUCAAUGGCAGACAACGAGUUGAGCAGUGUCUGACCAAGCCUUGUUACCAAAACCCUUGCACUCAAGUUAGUAUGCAGUAAUUUAAUUUUAAAAGAAAAAAAUAUACAGCCAGAUGUAGGAAUCUGUAUCAGUGGUAUAGAUAGAUGAACAACAUUAUAAUCAUCAUCUUACGCGCCACAUUGCACAUGCAUGGAGCCCACUUCGGGCGUCUGCCAUCCCAUGGCCUGCAGUGAGGGGUAAUCAUCACAGAUCUCCACGCUGCGUCCCAUGAAGUUCUCCUUCUCAAAGAUGGUCAUGCGGCUGCUUUGGUGUGACUUUGAAAGAGGGGGAACCGGCUUUGGAUCAAGAGGAACUGCAGAGGACUAUAUUUUGUGAGUGCAGAAUACUCACAGCACAAGGGAUGGGGCGCAGAGACAUAAGGCGUUCCACGUGGUAGGCGAGGGAGCCGCUGUAGGAGUCCCAGUGGGGGUACUCUCCUCUUUCCAGGAUCAACUGCUGGCCUUGGAAGUCAUGAUGCUCGAAA